AUGGUCAAACUACUUGUAUUUUUCACCAUAUUCUUGAUUGUCUGCGUCAACGCCGAUGUCCCACAUUUGGUCGUCAAUGCUGGUGAAAAUCUAGAGAUCAAUCUUUGGGGACAAAAAGAAUUGACACGAUCGCUUGGACCAAAUCAACCACUUGAGGUUUAUCGAGUUUGUGAUGGGAAGAAUGCAAAGACUUGUGGGUAUUGGGAGAAUAAAGAUGUGAGUUUGGAUAACUUUCUAGUGAUUUGGGACCCGCAGAACCCGAAUGAGUCAUGACGUGGCAACCGAAACUUUACAAGGCUAUAUUGUCAAAGUUGAAAAAUGUGGCUGCCGUAAAAAGUAAAAAAAACAUUACUUCGUCAGUCGCGUGCGGCCAUGCGUCGCGGUCUGGAAACAAUCAAUAAUUUACUUGUUCCUUUGUUUCCCGACCGCGACGCACAGCCGCACGCGACUGACGAAGUACUUUCACGCCAGCCACAUUUUUCAACUUCGACAAUAACUAACUUGCCACGUCAUAACUCGGAAAAAUCAUUGCUCAUAGACUUGAUUUUCAGACCAAGAAAAAAGUGGCGAAAGCUCCAGUGACCAAAAUCGACGGAAACAACUUGAUUCUUCAAAAAGUGACCGGAGCUGACAGUGGAAACUACUAUGGAGGCGAUAUUUAUAUGUCAGUGACUGUUUUGGACAUUGUUCAAAGAGCUCCUUAA